UUGCUUUGAUAUUUAGGCCAGAGAGAGAAUUGAGACAGAUAAGAGUGUGGACUCUUCUUCAAAGAAAGGAGUCAGAACAAUCAAGAAUAGAAAGAUCUGCGAACGUAGUCAAGAUUCAUAGUCAUGGCAUCAAAACUUCUAUUGGUUACAGUCUUCAUAUUCGAUCUCAUUGCCUUCGCUUUGGCUGUGGCAGCUGAGCAGAGAAGAAGCACUGCCGUAAUCAAGCAGGAUUCUGAAGUAAAUUACAAUUACUGUGUAUAUGACUCCGACAUUGCAACUGGCUAUGGUGUUGGUGCAUUUUUGUUUCUCAUGGCCAGCCAAGCCCUUAUAAUGGUGGCAAGUCAAUGCUUCUGCUGUGGCAAACCCUUGAAGCCUGGAAGUUCAAGGGCCUGGGCAAUUAUCCUCUUUAUUACCUGCUGGGUGUUUUUCUUCAUUGCUGAGGUAUGCUUGUUGGCGGGUUCUGUGAGGAAUGCAUAUCACACCAAAUACAGAACAGUUUUCAGUGAUAAUCCUCCUGAUUGCCAGACGUUGAGGAAGGGAGUUUUUGGGGCAGGGGCAGCCUUUACUUUCUUCACUGCCAUAGUUUCUCAGUUCUACUAUAUUUUCUACUCCAAGGCCAGGGACGGCUUCCAUACAUAUGGGGGAGAAAUCGGUGUGGGUAUGGGAACCUUCAAGUGAGCCUGUUUAAGGUUCUAUAAACCUGUAUAGAUUUGUCCACUACUGCCUGCCAAUAGCUGCACUUUAUGUUUGCAAGCUUCAAUUUAGUUUGUGCUCAAAUCAUCUUCAUGAUUUAUUUCUUCCUAUUCAUCAUGUUGUGAUAUUUUUUGGUUUUACUUUAACAUACCAAUAAUAGAAGACCACUGUUUGUGUA